AUUCAAAACUCCAAUUUUGCUUGAAAUCCAGGUCCUAUGGGGAAAAUUCGAGUAAAAAUUCGAUAUCUCAGCAACAAAGCUGAUUGCGCACGAACCAACUUGGGAUUCUUCAUAGUCCAUGAGGAUCUACAUUUUAAAAAUAGUCCCACUCAAAAAGAUUUUUAACACCUCAGGCGGUUCCCUCGUUAGACGCUAUUCUUUUACUUGUUCGCUUCGUCUUGAAGGUGGACGAUUAGCUGAUUUGCCACCACCACCUCCAAGUCACAAUCCUGACUAUAUUCAAUGUCACCAUUGUGGAAGAAGUUUUGCUCCGAACGUAGCCGAACGUCAUAUUCCAAAAUGUCAAAGUAUCAUUAAUAAACCCAAACCACCACCCGGAAUUCGAACUGUUGGUCAACCACAACGUAAUCCUGUAUCUUUUGGUGGUAGCAAUAUGUCGAAUAUGCGUAGCAUGGGCGGUAAUUUUGGAGCACCAUCUAACAGAUCCACUCGCGGAAAUAAAGCUCAUAAUUUAACAUUUAUUGCUUCGAUGAGCUUAGAAAAUCCCACAAGUUGUUGA